AUGCGUGUUAUCUCCCAUAAUUUCCGGGACUGGAUCCCCAGCCCGUACCCCUGUGGGGAUGGGGGGCUGCUGCGGCCGCCGGCUUGGCAGGAGCUGCCUCGGGAUUUGCUCCAGAGACUCAGGCCUCCCUUGGCCUUGGGACCCUCCUAUCCACCUGCCCUGUCCUGUCUCAGCCCAGCCCUGCCGCCCUCCGCUCUCAACGGCCCUUGGUCUCCUGAGUCUUCUGUUUUCCUCCAGCUCCCUCUUUGCUUGUCUGACUCUCCCUGGGCUGCAAGCCGUGGGCAUCCAGGGCGCCCAGCCCCGUCUCCUGCUGAUGGACUCCCCCAGGGCAAGGAGCAGCUCCUGGCCCGCAGGCCUUUUCCAGGGCUGAGGGUCUCUGGCAGGAGCACAGCGGUGGCCAGCUUGUCGAGGAGAGUAAGCCCUGACCAGCACCUUCCAAGAGUUCUAAGACACGAGGCCCCUUCUGUCCACUGGUCACCAACUAGACUCCACGGACAGCGGCCUCCUUUGCACGUGAGCAAACUAAAGGCUCUGGGGGUCCUGAUCCCUGAUCCCCGUGCUUCCAACACACACUCUGACCCCCGUCCUGGGGCCCUGCCCUGCUCCCCGCAGCCUGGAGUGGAGGCUCGGAGUGGUCCGGCGCUCGCCCAAGGUCGUGCAGGGAGCAGCCCAUCGUGUGGUUUAUCCCAGACGCGCGAUGCCCACAAAGACGUGCAUUUCUGCAGCCUCUGGCUUCCAAGGAGGAGACAUGGCCCCCAUUUCCUCCGGUCGGUGUGCAGCUGGCCCCGAGGAGCAGGUGGGGACACAGGUGCGAACAGAGGUCACGCAGACCAAGACACGCCAUGGGAGUGGCGCUGCGAGGCCUCCAGGCGCCCAGCCCCACGAUGGGGAAGAGCGGCCGUGAUGUGCGAACGACUCAGAGCCGCUCAGCGAAACGGCAGCCAACGGACACACACCUUUGGACAGGGUGGAAGGAGCCAGACCCAGGGAGGGCAUAUACUCUAUGACCCCAAGUUUAUGAAAUUCCGGAAGAGAAUUACAUGUGAAAGCCAAUGAAAGAGCCCAGGUGCUGUAGCCAAGCGGCUGGACCGUGGUAGCUGUUCACUGACCGUGUGUGUGAGACCUUGGACUAGUUUCUUGGACUCCUGGUGCCUCAGUGUCGCCACGGCAUGAAAGAAUUAACGAGCAUCAAGUACUUACACACAGUAAGUACUGGCGUACAGCAGGUGCUUGAAAAGUGCGCCCUUUGUUGGUAGCAAUUCCAUUGUUGGUAAUCUUGAGUUAUCACGGCUCCUACAUGUGCUGGAGGCAGCCCGGGAGGCUGAUGGAUAAGCCAAGGGCUUGCACUGAGUUCAAGAGUAAAGGGCCCCAAAGAGUCAAAACGAUCUUGCAGAUGAAGAACGAAGCAGAGGGUUCCCACGUCCCACGGUCAGGUUCUACAGGGAACGGGACAGAGGGGUCUGGCAGAAGGGUAGAGACAUAUACACCUAUGGGGUGGAGCUGAGGGUGCAGGAAUAAACCCUUGUAUUUACGGUCACUUUAUUUUUGACAAGGGGGCCAAGAUGAUUCAACGGAGAAGGAACAGUCUUUUCAGCAAAUGGUGCUGGGACCAACAACACGUGCAAAGAAUGAAACUGGACCCCCUUUUCACAGCAUCUGAAAAAUAACUUAAUGGAUCAAAGACCUAAAUAUAAGGGCUGAAACUAUAAAACUCUUAGAAGAAAACAUAGGAGUAAAUCUUCACCUUAGGCAGGGGCUUCUUAGAUACGACAUCAAAAGCACAAGCGACGAAAAGAAAAAAAAAAAUUGGACCUCAUCAAAAUUAAAAACUUUUGUGCUGCAAACAAUUCCAACAAGAAAGUGAAAAAACAACCUAUAGGAAGGGAGAAAAUAUUAGCAAAUUAUAAAUCUAAUUAGGAACUUGUGUCUAGAAUAUAUAAAGAACUCUUACAACUCAAUAAUAAAAAGGUAAAUAGCCUAGUGGCCGUGGACAAGGCCCCUAAUAGACAUUUCUCCAAAGAAGAUUUACAAAGGCCGAGAAGCUCAUGAAAAGAUGCUCAGCAUUAUUAGCCGUUGGGAAAUGCAAAUCAAAACCACAGUGAGAUACCCUUUCGCACCCACCGGGAUGGCCAGAAUCAAAUAGACAUAAAAACAAGUGGUGGUGAGGGUGUGGAGAAGUCGAAACACACACACUGCUGGUGGAAAUAUGAAAUGUUGCAUCCACUUUGGAAACAGUUUGGGAAUUCUUCAAAAUGUUAAACACAGAGUUACCAUAUGACCAGCAAUUCCACUCCUUGGUAUAUACCCAAGAGAAAUGAAAACACGUGUUAAUGUAAAAACUACGUAAACGUUCAUAGCAGCAUAUUCGUUAAUAUCCCCAAAGCGGAAACAACCCAAAUGUCCAUCAGCUAAUGAAUGGAUAAUAAAAUGUGGUCCAUCCAUGCAAUGGAAUAUUAUUAGCCAAUCAAAAGGAAUGAAAUUGUGACAUAUGCUACAACAUAUAGGAAUCUCAGCUUUGAAGUUCCUGCAGAAGUCUUCUGGGCAGGCGUUGGGCCAGCCCUGUGGCAUGGCAGUGGAAAUGGGAAGAGAAUGAUUGAUUCAAGAUGCUACAGAGGCAUGUGUCAAAGGGUGCAGGCAUGGAUCCUCCCUUUCCCUUCCUCUCCACAUCGUGCCAUCUCUGUAGAAGUUGGAGAAGAGGGAUCUAGGAUUCUAAACCGUGUAGGCCAAGUGUUUGUCAGAAGGAGAAGCAGUGGAGUAGGAAGAAGGGAAUCGAAAUUUUCAUCGUCGACUUGCUGCCAGCUAACGUUUGACUUGGGCAAGAAACCUCACUUCGUGGGCCUCGUCUUCCUUGCGUGUAAAAUGCUGCCCCUUCAGAUGCUCUCUCAGACUCAUUCAGCUCGUCUUCCACUCUUUUAUUCCAAAUGCCUACAUCACAGGUUAACAUGAUUUGAGAUAAACUCCAUACCUGAAAAAACUGAAAAACCGAAAACAAGACCCCCCUGCAUUUUACCACUAAGACAAUACCACUAAGUGAACUUAGCCGGUCCCAAAAGACCACAGAGCAUACGAUUCCAUUGAUCUGAAGUGUCCAGAAAAAUCAAAUCUACAGAGACAGAAAGUAGGUCGGUGGCUGCCUAGGGCUGGAGGUGGUGGUGGAGAAUGCGGGUGACUGCUAACGGGUACUGGGCUUUCCUUUUGGGGUAAAAAAUGCUCUCAGAUUAGAUGGUUGCACAACUCUGUGAAUACACUAACAUCCAUUGACUGGCACGCUUGAAAUGGGUGCAGUGUAUGGCAUGUAAAUUAUCCCUCAAUAAAUCUGGUGAAACAAGAGAGCCUUGGGUUCAGGUUCGGACUCGGCUCUCUGGGGCAAGUCUCUGUCAUUCCAGGAACGAAGUUCAGUCUGAUACGUAAAAUGGGGCUGGGACGAUUUGCCUCCCUGGGUUAUUGCGGGGACCAGAUGAGAUGACAGAUAUGAAACAAUUUUUCAUUUUAACUUCUGUAUUUAAAUGUAUUACAAAAGGAAAUGUAUGCACAUUGUACAAAAUUCAAAUGGCAGACGUGGGUACUCAGUGAGAAGUCUCAUUUUCUGGGGCGAUGGAAGUUUCAAUAUCUUGAUUGGGGUGGUGAUGACACAGAUGUAUACGUUUGUCAAAACUCGUGGAACUGUACUCUUAAGGAGGUUGAAUUUCAUUGUCAGUAAAUAAUACACACAAGCAAGUAAAAUGUUAUUUUGUUACACCCUUUUUGUACUCGUAAAAAAAAAAAAGUACUACAUACAUUGUUCCUCUCCUUGUUUGUU